CCUGCACGCGUACACCAGGAUCAGCAUCUCCAUGAUGGUGGUGUUCACAUCCCUGAAGAGGACGUCAUAGCUGGGAGUCGAACGAGCCCGAUCGACUCCUCCGUUUGCUCUACAAACAUGCUCUACGUGUCCUGGAGGACUGCACUGGAAUUUCAAAGGCAAAUGUCUGACAAAGGGAAGAGGACAAGUGAAGAGAGGAGAAGCAACAGCAAGGAUGAGGCGAGAAAAGACGUAUAACCAGUGAAGACGGGAUGACGGGGACAGUCGCAGACAGUCGCAGACAGUCGCAGACAGUCGGAGAUAGUCGGAGACAGGACUCCAGUUCAUCAGGACUUUUUUCGGACUCUUCCUUCAUCGCGGCAGCAUGCAGAGUUUUCUUCACGGAUUCAAACUAACGCGCUGUAGGGGGGUCUCAUCCAGUCCGGGACCGGGGGGGAGGAGGAGGCAGGCUGCUCGUGGCCGCGGGAGACGCACCCUCGGCGGGGUGAGGCUGGGCUGAAGCGCCGCUGUGGCGGAGGAUGCUGCGGGAGUAGAGCGGCUCAAAGAUGGGGAAGGACCAGGAACUGCUGCAGGCGGUGAAGACCGAGGACCUGCUCACCGUGCAGAAGCUGCUGCAAAGGCCCCGGCCAGGGAAAGCAAAGCUCCUCGGUUCUGCAAAGAAAGUGAACGUCAACUUCCAGGAUACAGACGGAUUUUCUCCGCUGCAUCAUGCUGCGCUCAACGGGAACCUGGAGCUCAUCACUCUGCUGCUGGAGUCUCAGGCUGCUGUCGACAUACGAGACCAGAAAGGUAUGCGGCCGCUGCAUUAUGCCGCCUGGCAGGGGAAAGCAGAGCCAAUGAAGAUGCUGUUGAAAUCUGGUUCUUCUGUCAACAGCCAAUCAGAUGAAGGACAGAUUCCUCUCCACCUGGCGGCGCAGCACGGACACUACGACGUGUCGGAGAUGCUGCUGCAGCACCAGUCAAACCCGUGUAUUGUAGACAACGCAGGGAAAACCCCUCUGGACCUGGCCUGCGAGUUCGGCAGAGUCGGGGUGGUCCAGUUGUUGUUGUCCAGUAACAUGUGUGCUGCUUUGCUGGAGCCCAAAAAAGGAGACACCACCGACCCCAACGGGACGUCUCCUCUCCACCUGGCCGCCAAGAACGGACACAUAGACAUCAUCAGACUGUUGAUCCAGGCAGGUAUUGACAUCAACAGGCAGACCAAAGCGGGGACGGCGCUGCAUGAAGCGGCGCUGUGCGGGAAGACGGAGGCCGUGAGACUCCUGCUGGAGAGCGGCAUCAACGCCACCGUGAGAAACACCUACAGCCAGACGGCUCUCGACAUCGUCUACCAGUUCACCGCCACGCAGGCCAGCCGAGAGAUCAAGCAGCUGCUGAGAGAUGCGUCAGCGGCUCUUCAGGUUCGAGCUCUGAAGGAUUACUGCAACAACUACGACCUGACGAGCCUCAACAUCAAAGCAGGAGACGUCAUAACGGUUCUGGAGCAGCACCCUGACGGACGCUGGAAAGGCUGUAUCCAUGACAACCGGACAGGAAAUGACCGAGUGGGCUACUUCCCUUCCACCAUGGUGGAGGUCAUCAGCAAGCGCACAGGUUUGGCCAGCACAGUCAUUUGCACUCAACAGUUUCAAAAGAUACCGCUGGUUCCUCCGGCGACGGUUGCCCCUGCCAACGCGGUAGUCAACGGCAACGACACCACGUUCCAUCAGAUCCAUAUCCUGCCUCCACCGCCUCCUCCUCCACCACAUUCCCAUCAGCCACUGCUUCCACUUUUCACUUCCUUUGGCUAUAACAAGUCGCCCGUGACAACCCCACAGGGAGACACACCCACUGCCCCAGGUUGUCGCGGCUCAGAGGCAAGUCCUCACAGCUCCCCCACCACGUCCGGCGGGCCCCACGGAGGCUCCAACGAGGAGAUCUGGGUGCUGCGCAAGCCCGUGGCAGGUGGAGACCGCAGCAGUGUGGGGAGUUCUGGCAGUGUAACCAGUGUGAGGUCGUCCGGCAGCGGUCAGAGCGCCGGCAGUGCUGCACACAUCCUCCAUGCACAGGCUGAGGGGGUUAAGCUUCUUGCUACAGUGUUGUCCCAGUCUGCCAAAGCCAAGGAGCACCUGAUGGAGCAGUCCAAGUCCGUGGACCAGCCUGCAGGCUCCGCCGGCUCCUCACGGACAUCGAGCCAAUCGGGCUGUCCGCUCCACGAAGCGCCGCCUUACGACGCCACGGCGACCAGGAAGGGGGAGGGGCAAGGCGAGGGGAAGGUAGGACAGUCCCAAAGACUCUCUCCCUCCUUCAUACAAACACGCACGAGUCGCCCACAGACCAUCAAACGGCAGCAUGAUGUAGCUCAGUCAAACACACACACCCUCUCACUCACACUAGAUCUCGAUUGGUACUGCCACCAGAAGAAGCUGAUGCUGGCGGUAAAACGACUGGCAGAAAUGCAGCGCAGCUCAGACGGGCGAGGCUCACUCAGAAAGAAGCCCCCGCCAAUCACGCAGCAGCAGGAAGUCAUGUCAGUGGACAGCCCGCCGCCAGACGAGAUCAUGUCUCCAAAGAUGAGCACUUUCCAGGACAGCGAGUUGAGCACGGAACUACAGAGCGCCAUGACUCAGCCAGGUCAGGAGGUCAAAGCUCAGCGCACACGCAGCAAAGACCAUGAUGAGGUGAUGACAGGAGGAGGAGGAGGAGGAGGAGGAGGAGGAGGAGGGGGAGGAGGUGCUGGGCCGCCUAAGAAGGAGGCGCGAACUAUGAGGCAGCAGAGCAGCCAGGGCAGCACCUCCUCUCACAGAGGCAGCGUCUCCUCUCAAGGCAAACACCGUCACUCCCACUCCCAUUCCCAGCCAGCGCCUCCGUACACGCCCCCGCACACCCCGACCAAGACGAGAACCUCCUCAUCCUCGUCUACCUCCUCCGCCCAGAGCACAGCGUCCCCACAGGCCAAACACAAGCCGUCCCCCCAGUUCAUCCAGGGCGAGAGACCUCAGUCACCGCGCUCACACCCUCCUCAGUCUCCGACCCAACGAGGACCUCCGUGUAACCAGCUCCCGCCACAGCAGCAACAGCAGCCUCAAGUCCAGCAGCACCAGGCGCACCCGCAGCACCCACAGACGCAGGUGAUGGAGGUCAGGGAGAACCAGCAGCCCCAGCAGGUCCCGGUCCUCUGCCUCCCGCCAGAGGCCGAGCCGGCUGAGGGGGAAGGAGAGGAGCCUUCAGCGCUCCAGAAGAAACGCGCCCACAGUCUCAACCGCUACGCCGUCUCAGAUGGGGAGUGUGACGAGAGGGCGGGUGGGGGUGGAGGACGGGAAGGAGAAGCAGAGGUAGCGGGAAAUCAGGGCUCAGCCACCGUCAGAGCGGACGGAGUCAAAUACGCCACGGUGACCCACCGCGUCAGCCGCAGCCACUCCGUCCGCAACCAGGACAAAACCGUCGGCCGCAACCAGACGCAGUCGUUUGCCCUGCGUCAGAAGAAGAAAGGCCCGCCGCCACCGCCGCCCAAACGCUCCAGCUCCGCCAUCUCCACCUCCAACUCCAACCUGACGGAAGCAAACGUGCAGCCGCCGGCGCUCACCACCACGGGCGGGAUGCUGGACGUGCCUUACCACCAACAGCGGCGGGCCAGCGACCUUGGGGUGUCUGUGGAGACGGCUGCCGUGGAGACAAGCAGUGUGGGGAGUGUCAGGAGCAUCGCCGCCAUGUUGGAGAUGUCUUCCAUUGGAGGUGGAGCCAAAGGCAUGGCGCUGCAGAAGAACUUCCUGCAGGUGGGGAAAACACGCGACGCCAUCGGUCUGGACGGCGAGGUGGUGAACCGACGGCGGACCAUCAGCGGCCCGGUCACUGAGCUGGUGGCAGCUGCCAGGCGUGACCAACCAGCUCCAUCUGCUUUUCCCGCUCCCGCCAUCCAGCCUGAAACCUCCCCUCCCCCUGUGAACUCCUCCUCCCCCAACCCUCCGUCCUCCCCCCACCCGAGCUCGGGAGGCAGCGGCAGUUCGUCGGAAAACCUGCCGUUUGCAGACGAGGGAAGCCUGACCAUCCGCCGUCAGGGUCGAGGAGAAGGAGAAGGACAGUGUGUAUUUUGUGUCUGUCUGCAGGGCGACGGUGAGGCUCCCCAGGGUGACGGAGGCUACACGCAGGAGGACAUCUCCAGGGUCGAGGCCACGGCGACCUUAAAGCGACGGCCCCGCAGCUCCAAGCCCCACCCCAACGGCUCCGACUUCACCCUGCAGGAGUCGUCCACCGUCAAACGGCGGCCCAAGAGCCGCGACAAGGAGCCCGAGGGCUACGCGGAGCUGGCCGCUAAUGGAGAGCCUGUUGCGACCGGGCAGCCCAACACCACGCAGCCGGUGCCGUACCAGAACGGUACGGCGACAGUAAAACGCCGCCCGGUGUCUGACGCUGGAGUGACGGAGCAGCCACAACCUCAACCUCAACCGCCAGUGACUGCUGCUCCCCGCAGAGACAGUGUGGACCAAGGAGCUCCGGCGGCCAAUGACGGAGGUCCGGUGAGAAAACCGAAGCCUCCGGUGUCCCCAAAACCUGUGGUGGCACAGAUAAAGAGACAGGCAGGUCCACCGACGCCCCCGCAGCCCGUCUCCAACAAGAGAGUCCCCCUGCCCGGUCCAGGGACGCCUGGAAGCCCAGGUGAAGGGAAGAAAAUUCCUCCACCUGUGUCGCCUAAACCGGCGCCCCCGCCCACGGCACCCAAACCGGCCAAGCUCAUCCACUCCAUGACCAGUCCCCCCUCCCCGACCCCGGCCCCCACCCCGGUGAAGCAGCACCCCGCGGUGGCCCGACAGACCAGCUCGCCGCCCUGCUUCCCCCCCUCAAACAUCCCCAGUCCGCCGAACGCCAAACCGCUGAGCCCGUCCCCCCAGAGCCCCCACACACCGCAGACCCCCACCACACCACAGACGCCCCAGACCCCCGCCACCCCCAGCCCGACACCGCCGCCCGUCAAGCCCCCUCGCUCCUCCAUUGGGGGCGUGUCAGUGGACAGUGGGAUGGUGGGCAGCGGGCUGACGGCGCCGGUCGCCACGACGCCGGACUUCAGUGUGGAUUCUCUGGUGCAUCAGAAACUGGAGGAGACGAGCGCGUCGCUGGCUGCAGCUCUGCAGGCCGUGGAGGAUAAAAUACUGCGGCACGAGGAUUCUGUGGCUGAGCAGAAGACCACGGUCAGCAUCCUCGACGACAUCGGCAGCAUGUUCGACGACCUGGCCGACCAGCUGGACGCCAUGUUGGAGUAACCAUGGUAACCAGUCAGCGUGUCUCCACGGCAACGCUGCAUCAGGAGUGACUCAGAUGGCACAAUGAGCUACACGCCUCUCCAUCUCUCCCUCUCUCUUCAUCCUCCUCUCUCUCUGUCUGUCGAGCUCAUCCCCCUCUCACUCCUUCUGUCCUCCGUCUUUCCAUCUGUCCAUCUGUCCGUCUGUCCGUCCGCUGCUGCUGCUGCUCUGGAAAAACCUCCUCUCUCCUCCUCUUCCUCUCAUGACCUGUCGCUGAUGGUGAAAAAGAUGACGGAGCGGUGUCUGAAUGGAUGUGUGUUUGAGACACUGAAAAGAGAGAGGGUUAAAAAAAGAAGGAAAAAAAAAGGACCAAACGUGGAGAGAAAAUUAAAAAAAAAAUCACAAGAUGGAGAGACGAAGAAACGAAGACGGAGGAGGCUGCAAUCAAAACGUGGGUCUUUUCAGAACUCCACACGGACUCUUUAAGCUCCGAACAAACAAACUUAACUAAUACUGAUUGAAAAACCAACUGUGUGCUGAAUCAUAGUAUGGUAUGUGUACAUUCUAAGCAUGGAGAGUUUAUAUCUACUGAAAAAGUCCUGCAUUAGCACAG